AUGUACAUGGGCACAAUCCCAGAGCACUUUGCGCAGAUCGUCUCUCGCCAUGGCGACCGCGCGGCCGUCAUCACGCGGUCCCCCACGCCGGCUGCCUUCGAGACAACCCUCACAUACUACAUGCUGGACCUGCUCUCUAACCGGCUGGCCUCGUCGCUCGCGAGCCUGGGCGUCAAGAAGGGCGACCGCGUGGCCAUAUCGCAGGGCAACACGCCCGAGUUCGCCGCCCUCACCUACGCCUGCUUCAAGCUGGGCGCGGUCCUGGUACCGCUCAACCCGUCCUUCAACGCGGCCCAGGUGGAGGCCGCGCUCAAGCACCUCGCCGCCGAGGUGCUCAUCAUCGGCGCCGUCACCGACCUGGCCUACAAGCCCGGCCGGGGCCGCAGCAACGAGGAGCUGCUGACCAGCAUCGCGGGCGACCUGCGCGCGUCCGCGCCCCAGAGCGAGGGCGUGCCCAGCCUCAAGCGCAUCGUCGUCGUGGACAACCGCGUGUCCCACCAGGACGUGCGCUUCAAGCUCGACGAGUGCCGCGCGCUGACGCCGUACCGCGCGCUCCUCGACGGCUCCGACCGCAGCGUCGUCCCCUCGGCGCCGCUGGAUGCCACCGACACCAUCAACAUCCAGUUCACGUCGGGCACCACGUCGACGCCCAAGGCCGCCAUGCUCAGCCACCGCUCCAUCCUCAACAACGGCAUCUUCAUCGCGCACCGCAUGGGCCUCGAGCCCGCGGACCGCAUCGUCGUGCCGCCCCCGCUGUUCCACUGCUUCGGCUGCAUCCUGGGGUACAUGGCGACGGCGACGACGGGCAGCGCCAUCCUGUUCCCCAGCCCGGCCUUCGACCCCGUCGCCACGCUGCGCAUGUGCGCCGACCACGACGCCACGGGCCUGUACGGCGUGAGCACCAUGCUCGUCGCGGUGCUCGAGGCCCUCGAUGCCGGCGCCGUGGCCAGCCCGCCCGCCCACCUGCGCAAGGGCAUCGUCGCCGGCUCCUCCGUGCCCGAGGCCCUCAUGAAGACGAUCCGCCGCCGCCUCGGGCUGCGCGACCUCGUCAUCUGCUACGGCAUGACCGAGACCUCGCCCGUCAGCUGCAUGACGUCGCCGGCCGACCCGCCGGACCGCCGGACCGCCUCGGUCGGCACCCCGAUGCCCCACACCGCCGUCAAGAUCGUCGACCCCCGCGACCGCGCCCGCCUCGCGCCCCUCAACACCCCCGGCGAGCUCGCCGCCGCCGGCUACCUCGUCAUGAAGGGCUACUUUGGCGACGACGCCCGCACCGCAGACGUCCGCGUCGCCGAGCCCCGCCUCGACGGCUCCCCCGGCCUCACCACCUGGAUGUACUCGGGCGACGAGGCCCAGAUGGACGAGCAGGGCUUCGUCACCAUCACCGGCCGCAUCAAGGACCUCAUUAUCCGCGGCGGCGAGAACAUCCACCCGCUCGAGGUCGAGAACUGCCUCUUCCAGCUGGACGGCGUCAUGGAGGUGAGCGUCGUGGGUGUGCCCGACGAGAGGCUGGGCGAGACCGUGGCCGCCUUCAUCGUGCCCCAUCGCGGCUGGAAAGGGGACGAUGGCCAGCACGCCGGCGAGGGAGACAGGGUUCUGAAAAAGGAUGCCGUGAGGGAGUGGGUGCGGUCCAAGCUGUCGAGCCAUUUGGUCCCGAAACACGUGUUUUGGGUCGACGACUAUCCCAAGACGGCGAGCGGCAAGAUUCAGAAAUUCAAGCUGAGGGACAUGGCGGUCAAGAUUCUGCAAGGGAAAUGA